AUGAAGCAACAAGUCAAUGGAAAAAAGGCCAACCAGCUAAGGAUAGCUGUGCAAAAGGAUGGAGAGAGCCUGGACUCUUCGGAAAAUCAGAGUCACCAAACCAUCUCCAGGACCCCCAAGGGCCAUCUCAUCCCUUCGCUGGCACGUGUCUGGAAAGACGCGUCUACACCGGCUGCCUCCUCUCCCUCAGGCCGCAUCCAUGCCUCACCCCGCUGGAAUCCGGCUUCCACCCCCAGCCUCUCCAUCUGCUCUCGCCGCAGGAUUGUCACUGACCUAUUUGUUUCUAAGUCCAGUGGGGCCUCCCGGUCCUUAUCUUACUCUGCCCUGCUGACCACUCGGCCCUCCUGGACGCCUCUCCUCCCGGGCCCGCGACUGCUUACGCCCGCCUCAGUGGUCUCCCUCCAGCGCCCCGGGCCCCCCACAGUCACCCCCAUCCGUGCCCGGGGCGUCCCGCCGCCUCCUCCACCUGAGGGCCGCGCGCGGAUUAAUCCAAACAAGGGAUGCAGAGUUGACGUGGCAUUUACCACAGAGCUCUAUAACCCAAAGGAAGGUGCUGAACGUUUGGGGAGAUGUUCUGCUCAAGUGUUUUUCAGGAACCAGAAAUCCAGACCGUCCGUUAAUGUAACUUGCACAAGGCUCAUUGAGAAGAAAAAAAGACAGGAAGAGGAUUACCUGCUUUACCAGCAAAUGAAUCAACUUAAAACCCCCUUGGGUGAUAUCAGCAUACCUGAUUGCCAUGGAUAUAUUGAUCCCUCUCUGAGACCCAUCUGGGAUUUGGCUGUUCUUGGCAGCUCUUACGUGAUGUGGGAAAAGACAAGCCAGUUUUUGUACUACUAUGUGGUACAACUCAGUAGCAUGGUGCAGUGGAAAACAGACAAUGAAGCCAUUGAUUUUGAUUAUACUGUUCUACUGCAUGAAUUCCCAACACAGGAGAUCAUUCCCUGUCGUAUUCACUUGGUCUGGUACCCUGGCAAACCACCGAAAGUGAAGUACCGCUGUCAAGAGCUGCAGACACCAGAAGAAGCCUCUGAAACGGAAGGAUCUGCUGCAGCACCAACAGACUUCAGUAUUGUCUGAAAAGAAAAAAGACCUGCUUAUAGCAGAUUCUAAACUAAAUGACCAUACUGAGCAGCCUAAAUCAUUAUUUCAGUAAAAUAGCUAAGGUAUACAGCAUUUUGAGUAACUUCGGAAAGCCUUGAUUAGAGGUAAAGUCUCAAAAAUUCAACAAUGUUGGGUUUUUUGGUUUUUAACUCUGGGAGCAUGUGCACACUAAACUCUGCUCAGAGUCACAGGGUCACCCGGAAAGUUCCUCUGAGUUUCUGCCCUAAAAUAUAAAACUAAGUCAAUUAGCAAGUACUGCAACUGGAUCAAUAGGAUUUUUUCUAAAAUUGGUCUCAUCUCUAAACCUGCAUUUCUCAUUAUUUUAAUCACAUUGUAGCCAACUGUUUUAUUUGCUAAAUUGUCUCUUCCUAGCUGUAAAUAUAUUUUUAACGCAAGCAAAUUGUAGGGGAAAAUAUUAACUGUUUAAAAAGAAUUUUACUAUUUUUAUGAUUUCAAGCAACCAUUCCUUUUUAACAUGGUAGCUACUUUUAAAUAAAUGUUUACAUUUCUAAAUAA